CAAAAUCAAUAUCAUUGUCGGAAGCAGAUGCUUAAACACAAAGAAAAGAAAAGUUGAUACUUUACUAAAAUUUACCCCCCGCAAUUGGAAUAACUUAGCGUUAGGUGAAAAUUAUUAACCCAAUAGAGAGAAAUGCUUUCCUUCUCCUUCAGUUUGUUUGUUGACCAUAAAGACUUUUACUUCCUUUUUCCAUGCUUUCUUUCUCCCCAUUUCUCCGCAAUUCUAUUAGUGCAUUAAUCCCUUUAAUAAUCUCUCUCCCUCCUUUUCUUUUUCUGCAUUUAAUCUGCAACAUUCCAUGCCCAAACCCGCUUCAAAGUCAAAGAUUGCGGAGUCGUCAAAGCGUGGAAAGUUCAGAGGAUUUAGAGGACCCAAAGGAGCAAUGUACCCUACUGAUUUCCACACCGGAGCUGUCGGAUGAUCCUUCAUGUAACAGUGAGAGCGACACGGAUACCAUCUUUAGAUUACAUCAAAAUGUGGGCACUACUUGCGUUGAUAUCGUGGGAGACAACAGCAGGCAGGACUCUGAUGUAUGUGUGGUGAACGUGGAGAAUUUGGGAGGAAGACAACUAGUUGGAGCAGGGGAGAUUAGAUGGAUACGCCAUUAUUGCAGUUCUCAAAGGAUGUUGUUGGUGGGGGAAGGCGAUUUUUCAUUCUCUGCUAGUUUGGCUCGUGCUUUUGGUUCUGCAACAAACAUGAUUGCCACUUCUCUCGACUCCAGAGGGUUCUUGUUCAGAAAUUAUAAGGCGGCAAUAGCCAACAUACAUGAACUAAGGGUUAGAGGAUGCAUUGUUUUGCAUGGGAUAGAUGCAACUGAAAUAGCGAAUCACUGCUACCUGGGAGCCUUUAAAUUCGAUCGAAUCAUUUUCAACUUCCCGCACGCUGGUUUUUGUUCAGACGAACCAGGCGAAUCCCAGAGACGUCGGCAUCAGUUGCUGAUAAGCUUGUUUUUGAAGAAUGCAAAGGAGAUGAUUGAGGAGAGAGGCGAAAUCCAUGUGACCCACAAAUCGAAUAGGUUCUUUCGGGACUGGAAUUUGCGGGGAUUAGCGGCUGCCGUUGGGCUGAGGCUUAUCCAAGAGGUGCCGUUCAAUUUUACCGAUUACCGGGGGUACCGCACCAAAUAUGGGUUCGGUGGUGACAACAAUUUCAACUGUAAUCCUAGCAAAACUUACAAAUUUGGUCUAUUUCCGAUUAUGUCGCCAUGAAAAGGCCUGGAAAUUUAAAGAUGAACUGAUUGUAGGGGUAUUAUUAUGCUUAUGGUAGCCUUCAUUUACA